AUGAAUAAAAGCAUUUCAUUAACUAGUAAAAAGCACUACAGUAUUUUGUUGAUAGGAGGUACUGGUGUAGGUAAAUCAUGCCUGAAAAAUCGUAUAAUAAGAAAAAAAUUUUAAACUGAAAUAAGUACAGUAGGUGUAAAUUAGCAACAUUUAGACUACACUUAUAAAAAUAAGCAAAUUAAGCUGAUGAUUACUGAUACUGCAGGAUAGGAGUAAUUUAAAUCUAUUACCAAAUCAUAUUAUAAAGAUUGUUUUGCAGUCUUAUUCUGUUUUUCGGGAGACUCACCUAGAAGCUUGAAAGAAGCUGAACAUUAUGCAAGACAAUUUUAAGUAAAUUACUAAAAUAGCAAGGCUCCUGAAGGUUUUGCACCAAUUUGCUUGUUCGUAAGAAACAAAUGUGAUAUGUCUGAAAAUAUUUUCACUUAGAAUGUUAUAGAUAACACUAUAAAUGGAAUUUCAGAGUUGUAUUAGGAAUUCAAAGGUUUCUAAAACAUUAAGUUUUUUGAAGUAAGCGCUAAAGAAGGAACUAAUACAGAAAGCUUACUUUAGUAUGUUGUUGAAGAACUAGACAAAUAAAAUGUAUUCGAUAUAAAGGAAUAGAAUGGAACUGUUAUUCUCAAUUAGAAUUAGGAUAAAAACUAGGAAAAAAAUAAUGAAUCAUCAUCUUCUGGUUGUUGUAAAUGA